AGUGAGGGCGAGCGUGUGAGUGAGGGAGCGAGGUGGCUGCGAGUAUGUGUGAGCGACAAAACGAGACAGCACAGCCCGUCUGACAGGUUGUAGGGUUUUAAUUGAUGGCAUGCUUGCUAAAAAUUGCAAUAUCUACAGCAUUAACCUAUAUUCAACAAAAGAAUACAUAACGUUAUGGUUAUCGUAUCCUUUCUUUCCACUUAAACAUGUAUAAAUAGAGAUGCAAAUUUAGACCUUAUUUAGAACGAGAGAAGGUAAAAGACGGGGAGGUGGACAGAUAAAAGCGAAGUAUGUGCAUAAGAUGAUUUCUGCUAGAAAAACUCCGGAAAAAAGUAAAUACCCGCUGCAUUUCCUGGUGUGGUACAACCGGCACCGUCAGCUGCAGAAGGAGCUGUCCUCGGCGAAGCAGGUGGAUAUUGAAGCACUGGACCCCCGGGGUCGAACUCCUUUACACCUUGCUGUGACACUAGGACACGUGGAAUGUGCAUGUGUGCUGCUAAAACAUGGAGCAGAUGUAGGCAAAGAAAAUCGGAAUGGGUGGACAGUGCUCCAAGAAGCUGUCAGCACACGAGACCCUGAGAUGGUACGACUUGUCCUCCGUUACCGUGACUACCAAAGGGCUAUCAAGCGCCUGGCAGGCAUCCCUUUACUGCUGGACAAGCUGAAACAGGCUCAGGACUUCUAUGUGGAGAUGAAAUGGGAGUUCACCAGCUGGGUACCCCUGGUGUCAAAGAUCUGUCCCAGUGACACAUACCGAGUGUGGAAGAGCGGUCAGAACCUGAGAGUCGAUACCACAUUGCUGGGCUUUGAUCACAUGACAUGGCAGAGAGGCAACCGCAGCUUCAUCUUCCGUGGGCAGGACUCCUGUGCGGUAGUGAUGGAGGUGGAUCAUGACAGACAGCUGGUUUAUUCAGAGUCCCUGUCACUGCCUGAACAUGACCGAGAAGCCCUACUGAGUACUGUCCAGCCUUCUGAUGACCAAGUGACCAGUCGUCUGUCUGCUCCAGUGGUCACUACCCAACUGGACACGAAAAACAUUUCAUUUGAGAGGAACAAGACUGGAAUUCUUGGCUGGAGAAGUGAGAAAACAGAGCUGGUCAAUGGAUACGAGACUAAGGUAUAUGGGGCCUCAAAUGUAGAACUUAUCACACGGACCCGAACAGAUCACCUCUCUGACCAGCACAAAAACAAAAUCAAAGGUAGUAAAACUCCAUUGCAGUCCUUCCUUGGCAUUGCCGAACAGCACAUGGGACCAAAUAAUGGAACACUGAUCACCCAGACAAGUAGCCACACUAAUCCUACAGCCAUCACUGCUGAAGAGUACUUUAAUCCCUCAUUCGAAUUGGGGACUCGGGAUAUUGGACAUCCAAUGGAACUCACCACGAAGACACAAAGGUUCAAAGCAAAACUGUGGCUCUGUGAGGAUCACCCUCUGUCACUGAGUGAGCAGGUGGCCCCUAUCAUUGACCUCAUGGCAAUUAGCAAUGCCCUUUUUGCAAAGCUGCAGGACUUCAUAACAUUACGGCUCCCUCCUGGGUUCCCAGUCAAGAUAGAAAUUCCAAUCUAUCAUAUCCUGAAUGCUCGUAUCACCUUUGGAAACCUCAAUGGCUGUGAUGAGGCCUCUAGCACUGUGCGUGCCAGCCCCAGUGGAGAAGCACCAUCCCCUGGCAGUGACUCUUCCAGUGUCAGCAGCUCCAGCUCAAUGACCUCAUGUCGUGGCUGCGAGAUCCCCGCUGGCCUGUUUGAGGUGCCCCGUGGGUACACAGUGAUAGGUAAUCACCGGGACAACCUGCGAGAGGAGGAGGAGGACGAUCUGCUACAGUUUGCCAUCCAACAGAGCCUUCUAGAAGCUGGGAGCGAGUAUGACCAGGUGACGAUCUGGGAGGCCCUGACCAACAGCAAGCCUGGCACACGCCCCCUGACCUGUGAUGGAACCCGGCUCGAAAGGUCCGCAGACCCCAAGUCACAGGUCACAACCCCAGUCAAGCCCCCAACCCAGUCUGACAAGCCCGGCUCUGCAAAGCUACAACGAGCAGCUGCGCCUGGCCAUGGAGCUCUCAGCCCGUGAGCAGGAGGAGGCAGAGCAGCGUCAGCGUCAGGAGCAGGAGGAGCUGGAGCGCAUCAUUCAGCUCUCUCUUAUGGAAAAGUAGCCAAGCUGGAAUGUGUGUGCAGGCGCAGCAGGGAGGGGGACAUAUUAGAUCACAGUGGACCAGCUCCCACCUACCUAGCAGCAAGACGCCAUUCCUUUGGGCGCCAGCCAAGCAUACUGACUCCAGGUGGCAGGAGCCACAGAAUAUCUGAGUGGAGAAAAGGACCCUGUGGCCUUACCGACACUGACACCAGCGAAUGGACAUCACCCUUGGUCUUCACUCCUUGAUAUCCUCACAUUCUUAGGGACCAGCGUGGGAUGCCCCAGCAGUGCCGCUAACAGCCGUAUUAUAGGUGUGAGUGGAAACACAUCCACCCCACCCCACCAACCCCCCCACCAAUGCACAAGUGACAGAAGCACCAAAAAGGACCAAACCUAGGAAAUAUGUCUGAAGCAAAAUGGCUUAAAGAAUUCAACACAAAUCCUGCUCCUUGCCUCCACUCCACUGUGUGCUUCUGUUUAUUUACUUCCCAACCCUCUUCAGACAAAGAAGACAUUGAGCCAUAAAGCUCAGGUGCAGAGACACUAGUGUAAAAAAUAAUAAAGCCUUAAGUUAAAAAAAAAAGUGGAAGCCUCACCCCAAAGUAUCAAAGAAGCUGUCCAAGAGUGGCCAUCAGUGUCUCCUACCAGGAGGACUUGACAUCGAGGUGCUGAAUGCUUCAACUCCUAUGGCUCAGGAUGUGCUCCCUUCCAGUCGUAACACAGAAUGCACUGCUGUAUCAUUCUGCCCUCCCCUCUAACGUCACACUGCUUUGACAAGUUGUGCCCUUAAUAGCCAUAGCAGUUUGUGCUCCACCAAUGGCAGCUGGCACCACAUCAGCAAAAGGAAAACACUGCCAUCAUUGAUCCUGUGAACUUUAGUCUGGAGUGUCCCUGUGCCAUUACCAAAAGCACAUGGAAUCAAGAAUUGCCAAUCUCACAUUGUCCUCAUCCGCACAAACACAGACAUUUCAACAAAACAGAAAACUUAUAGAAGAAAAACACUUUUGAGGGUGUGCAGCAAACAAGCUACACAAGGAUCAUAUGUGAUAAGGUAACAUCUAUUUCCUGUCCUUUCCCCCAUCAUACUACACAUAAGAAAGAUGGAAGUUCAAGAAAGUAGACAAUAUCCUAAUGCUUAUGACUUUCAUUUUCCACCCUGAACACUGGAAGAAGCCCGGUCUUUCAUGGAAAUACACAGAGGUCCGUGAGCCUCAAGCAACCUCUGCUUUCAGAGUUUUCCAGUGAUAGUCGCACAGAAUGGCUAACAAAUUUUUCUCUCUGUUCCAAAGAUGAUGUGUGUGCUUCAGCAGCUCAAAAGAAAAAUAGAUGUAUGGGGCUGUGAAACAAGGGGUAAAAACUGGGACUGAGCCCAAGGAGCUGUGUGUGAUGUGUGUCUUAAACUAUGGGUGGAGCUUUGAAAUGGGAGGAGCUAAUAAUUCGGUUUCACUAAUUUGCUGGUGGAGCUAACAGGGCCAGGGCUGAGAUUGGUAGCUGGUGUGGGAAAUGUGGGUGGAAUCAAAAUUAAUGGGAGGAGAAAUAAAGAUGGACAAAAGAAACUGGUGCAGAAGGGCGGGGCUUGAAUGGAAGGCAUGAAGCUGGAGCUUUGAGUGAUUGGUGUUUCAAUUAUGGGUGGAGUUGUGAAAAUGGGAGGGAGUAGACUACAGUUAACAUGUGAAAUGUGACAGAUUGGUGUUUCAACUAUGGGUGGAGCAGAACUGCUAACUACCGGCUAAUAUGUGAAAUGUUGGUGGAAGGUGUCUAUGAGUGCUGACGUGUGGUAGAGCUUUGGUUUUGACUGAGAAUGGUGGAUGGACCCAAGAAAUAAUAGUGGGAUCAAGAGUAGUGGGUGACAUGUUUGAUUUCGGACAGAAUUCCAAGUGACAAGUAGAGUUGUAGAAUUUCAGUAAGAUCAAGACAUGAGGUGGAGUUCAUAUUAAAUAUGGUUGUCGUUAAGAGCAGAGACUGGACCUGUUGAGAUUGUUGAGGGUGAUGUUUUCAAUGUGGUGGGCAGAGGUGUGGGCUGAAGGAUGACACCAGAAUCAGGAAUGGAUGGGUAAUGUGGGGGCUGAGUGGAAUUUGAUGUGAGUGACUGAUGUGGAGGUGAAAUUGUGAAUGAAUUAAUUAUGGCCUCUACACUUCAUUUCAACAUUGCCACCCAUGACUAACCUGAACCCAGGUCCCUUCCAUGCUCAAAUCUGAUAUGCCUUAGUGCCGCAGCCCAGUGGACUUGCACAUCAGUGGCAUGGACAGUUCCUGCAAUAAGCUUUUGAGCACUUAUAUUUUGGUUGGUAGCACCAUCCAGCCAUAACAAAACUGUGAGGUGGACCACAAGGGGUCAUGUGGGGGUUAGACUUUGGCACACAAGGCGAUUUGGUCGUCUUCUUUUGAGACUGAAAAACACUGAGCCAUGAUUUCUUUCUACUGUUUAGUUUUCACUCUGCUAGCCCCAAUUGUGGCAGCAGUUUUUAAAUUGUUGUACUGAUUUGUGGCAACUAGGGGGCAUUAGUAUAGAAACAGUCACCAAACUUUCUGAGGUGGUACAGAGUUAUGAAGGGGCCUUAAACCAAAGCCCCCUGUCCCCCAGCUACCAUGCUUUUAUUUUCCUUCAUGGCUGCUAGUACUGUGGUUCAGCUGCUAAUCCUCAAAGCCUUUCUAGCAUAAACGUCCUAAGGAUCACAGGGGGAAAUCAGUACCUCUGGAGUGCCACUGGACACCGAAGGUCAACAUUUGUUAAGAACCACUGCUGCUUCUUCCAGAGUGCAGAGGGCGCCAUUUGUUUUCCUUGGUAAGAAGUUGCAGGCCUGGGCACCUCAAGUCCACCAUAUCCUAUCCCCUCUAAUUAGUGUAAGCAGGCUGACUGAAGUAUUGAAUUGCUGCUGGACAAGACAGAAGUCCACUCAAAUUUUUAAAAUGCAUUUAUCACACAGGUUUGCACACUCUAAUCUCUAAAAAAAGAAAAGCAAUAGCAGAUGCAAACAUCCAUUCAUCGUUUCCAUAAACCCACUCGUUUAUGUCGACACAGGGUAAGGAAGAUCGACUUGCUAAUCUAUCACUGGGCUCACCGUGUAAACCAACACAACACACACACUUCAGCAAUGUGGGCGGAAAAGAGGACAACAAACAAAAGGGAACAGACUAAUUUCUUAAACAUUUACAAUAACUUUAAUAGUUUAGCCAACCUCCUUAUACAGAAUAGUUUAAAUCUGAGCAAUAACAGCUUCCCAUGUCUUUAUUGCAUGAGCAUAACAGCUUUGGAAAUUACAUUUUUACAGCAAUUUUCUAGGGCUCGAAAAAAUCACAAACUAUUAACAAAUAAAUAUGCAAAUUCCACUAAAGCCAGGGUGUCUUCACAAUGAUAAUCGUAUCGUAUCCAAGUUAUGUGCUUUAGGUCAGCAUGUUUUGGGAUCAUCAUCCUUCCUCAAGGUCAGGCAUCCUGAAGGACUAUAAAACAGAGGCACCUAACAGCAUUGCAUUAAAAAUUAGUGACAUUUAAGGAAUGGGAAGCUAUUGUUGCUCAAAUUCAAAGUGUUCUGGAUAUGGAGGUUGGAAAAAUGAUUGCAGUUAGUGUGAGUGUUUAGGAAAUUAGCCUGAUGUUUCCUUCAUUUGUUGAAUACUAUAUUAACAGAUAUACGGUCAUUUAUGACAAGAUGGCAUGGAUACUGAUGUAAAAGAAGAAUACCCAGAGAAAAUGCACACAAGGACAACAUGAAAACACCACACAAAUGGUGAUGAACGCAAAACAGUGCAAGCGUUACUGCACACGUAUUUCUUCUCAUCUAAUGCACGUUGUCUAUUAGUAUCAAGGCCAAUUCAAUUCAGCUUAUUUCUGUAUAGCAUCAUUCACUGUGACUGCUUCUUCUUUAUGUUUUAUUCAUACACUGUUAAAUGUGGACUGCCCAGGCUCUGUGUAGCCCCCCCCCCCCAAAACAGCCUGCUGAUUUCGAGGGGCUUGCCUGCCUUGAAAGCCAUGUCCCAGGCCAGCAGCUGUCUUCACUGUGCACUGCUAAGCCAUCAGUUCAGUAAAUAGGGUCCUGAAUGUUUGAAUGACUGAGACAAUGUUUUGAUUUUGUUGUCUUUAAAUAGGUGAGUUAGGGUAUCCAAUUUGAACCCUAUAAACUUCCAUUAAAUAAGAAACAUAAAAAUAUUUCUUAACAAGCAGCUCAUCAGUAAAUAGAGCGGAUUUAAGGCUAGCAUACUCCCCAUCCAGAGUAGUCCUGGUCACACCCUGCAGAGGGUGCCAUUUGUUUUCUCUUUCUCUCUUUCCUUCUAUAAGGGACCACAUGCACCAUAUUUGUGUAUUUUUUUUCUUUGACUCUCUAUGUAACAUAGUCCAGGUGUCACGUUUUUGAAGUGUUUGGAAUGCCAUGUCUGCAAGACUUGUUGUCCGUGGGAAAAAAAAAUACAUGGAAUGAAUUAAAAUUUUUUUAAAGGUCUGCAACAUACCUUGUAUAAUAUUGUACCAACAGGGCUGCAGGUGCAGUCAGCGACACGUUUUUAAUCCAGUUCAAGUCCAAUGUAUCAAUGAAGACUGGCUUUUUUUUUUGGUGCAACUGUGUGAGACGAUCCAAAACAACAAUAAAACACUUUUUUGUUAA